UAAAUAUGUGUUUCCCUUAUAAAACUCACUUUCAGUUUGGAUCCUUGCUGUGAGAUAAAAACUUUUUAAUUGUUAUUUGAUGGGAAGGAAAGAAAAAACCCUACAACACUUGUACUUAUUUAUCUACAGGUUAUAGACAAUUUGUGAAAUGAGUGAUUCUGAAGAUGAUGAUAUCCCCCAGCUGUCUUCCCACACCUUAGCAGCUCUCCAGGAAUUUUAUGCUGAGCAGAAGCAAGAAAUUGACCCAGGCGGUGAUGAUAAAUAUAACGUUGGAAUAAUAAAAGAGAACUGGCAGCUCAGCCAGUUUUGGUAUAGUCGGGAGACGGCUCUGCAGCUUGCAGAGGAAGCAAUUACAGCUGCGGGACACGGUGGCAGAAUAGCGUGUGUGAGCGCCCCCAGUGUUUACCAGAAACUGAGAGAGCUGCAUAGAGAAGACUUUUCUGUAUACAUCUUUGAAUAUGACAAAAGAUUUGCCAUAUAUGGCGAAGAGUUUAUCUUCUAUGAUUACAAUAAUCCAUUGGAUUUACCUGAAAAAGUUGCUGCACAUAGUUUUGACAUCGUGAUAGCAGAUCCCCCCUAUCUUUCUGAGGAAUGUCUCAGGAAAACGUCAGAAACCAUCAAAUAUCUGACUCAGGGCAAGAUUCUGCUGUGCACAGGGGCCGUCAUGGAAGAAGAGGCAGCAAAACUUCUUGGAGUGAAGAUGUGCAAGUUUAUUCCAGAACACACCCGAACCCUGGCAAAUGAGUUCCGCUGUUAUGUGAAUUAUGAUUCUGGGCUGGACUGUGAAAUCUAAAUGCAGAUAGUAAUAUAA